AUGAAUGAACAUAGCUGUCAAGUAUGCCCUUCGAGGUUUAGUCGACCCGAGCAUUUAAAGCGGCAUGCAGUAUCCCAUAACAAUGCCCGCCCCGACUCGCUGCGCCGGCAUGAGCGCACUUGCAAAUCUCGCCAAUAUACUUUUAAUUCACACGUCGAUCAUACCUCGCGUGGUGAUUUUGACGAAACGCAUUUGGUCAAACGGCGAUGCUACUCAACUCAAGACGAGAAAAUUGCUCCAUUAGUCGGUAGCAAAAAUGCCAUUGAUCCUCUUCCAAAUUGCCCAGAGGUCUCAGAAUUCCCCGCCGCCUCUUCACUUGAAUGGGGAAAUACAAGUACAGACUCGUUCUUCGAGACGGAUCCUUCAAAUUGGAGAUGUUCUCUGUUCAAAGAAAAAGAGAUAGCACCAUUCUCCGAUUCAUUUCUUGAGUCUGGACAGGAUCUGCUACAAAACAUACCGUCCCCACUCGACUUCUCAGCUUUGGACCUUCUGUUCUCCUCCCAAAUCAACUCCGACAUCAUCAAAGCCGAGAGACUGGAACAUCUCGCAUAUUUCACUAGUUCAAUGGGAAUGUCUACGUUCACUGACCGCGAAACAUUCCGAUGGAGUCAGAAUAUGAUCGCAAAUGCCUACAAUGACAACUUUGGUCUCAUGCAGAGCACAACCGAGACAUACCCCGAGAGCGAUAAAUUGACGACAAAAGCAACGGAAAUUGUUGAAAGUCUACGCAAAACAAUCGCCAAUAAGCGAAAUAAUGACGUGAUAAAAUUCGAUUGGUCACCCGCAAUAUACACCCAGUGUCAGGAUUUCUACUCACCCGGCAACAUCCGUCGCUUUCUGCAAUAUUUCUGGUCGCUCUGGUAUCCCAAUUGCCCGAUCAUUCACAAGCCGCUGUUCGAUGCCUGCAAAGCAAGCCCUGCAUUGUUAUGCGUAAUGGUCCUGAUAGGGGCUUGCCUGUCGCCCAGCAAAAAUGACGUUCAAGAUGCCAGGAAAUGGCUCGAUUGUGUCGAAGAGCUCAUCUUCAGCCAUGAGUCUUUCCGAGAUUCCUAUUCCCGCAGAAAAGAUGACACGGAUUGGAAGAAGGAAAGACUUCAGAGCAUCCAGGCGGGAUAUUUGGUAUGCUCGCUACAGAAGCGAGAGGGGCCGGGAGAAGCACAGGCGAGGAUCCGGCGAUAUCGUCAUGCGUCAAUGGUGACACUUGCAAGACAUAUCGGGAUUGGAACGGCUUCUCACCGACACUUGGAGAUCAACCGAGACUCCCAAUCUUGGUGGCGAGAAUUUGCAGAACAGGAGGAGCUGAUGAGAACUAUCAUCUUCGUCUUUCUGAUCGACGCGGCACUUGUCAUUUUCCACAAUUCGCCGCCCCGGGUAGUGGUAUCCGAACUCAAAAUGGACGUGUCCUGCCCAGAAGCAUGUUUUCAAGCCGAAUCGGCCACAGAAUGCCUGCUUCAACUGGAGGAAUGGACUAAGACUCGAUUCUGGAGAAACAGGUCAUCCAUGGUGUCAGUAGUACGACGGAUCUGCCAGAACCAAAUCGACGAAGAGAUGGUGCGGGAAUUCUCACAGCUUGGAACAUUGAAUCUAUUCACGGUAGUACAAGCAAUUCACUCCUUGAUGUUCCAUCUCCAAAACUCACUCGUCUUCGAAGCCACAUUAGCACCUGUACAAACAGGCCUCGAGAAUUGGAGACGUAUUUGGGACCAGCGCGUACCAGAAGAUUUUAACAUUCCGCAGACGCCAGAGACCUUGUGGAAGCAAAUGGGCUUUCUGCGCCAUGCAUCGGAGUUUUGGCAUUUGGCACGUAUCAAGGCUGCUAAGAUUGUUUCUUCUGCGGGGGAUGACUGCGAGGAUGAGAUACAAGAGCCCUCGAGGUAUGACCAUACUGAUAUGGGGGAUGUGAAUGGGUUGAUUAUGGAGUAUCGACGGUUAAAUCUCGGAAUGACGUGA